AUGAUUGAUAUUCAUGGCACAUUAAAUUCUACUUGUGAUGAUGGAGAAAUAUGUAAAAGAGUAAAUGAUUGUGAGAAAAUUUAUUUGAAUAACACAUCAUUAAAGCUUCGUUGCAAUUUUGAAGGAAAUAUAACAACCAAAAUUUGCUGUCAAGAGAGUCCUAAAGAGCCCUUGAAAGAUAACACAACUAAUAAGAUAUCUCUCCUACCAAAUACUACAGUCUGUGGACUUGAUUAUGGGACAUCACUACUUAUUACUGAUAUAUGUGAUAUGAAUGAACAUCCAUGGACAGCACUUUUGAAAUAUGAAAAACAUCCAGUACAAGAUAUACCUAUUGAGAAGAUUAUUCCUCAUGAGAGAUAUAAUGAUAGCGAUAUAAAUCGGUCUAAUGACAUCGCUCUCAUACGAAUGGCGGAGGAAGUCAAAUUCAGCGAUUUUGUACAACCGAUAUGUCUACCGUUUAUAAUGGACUCAGUCAAUGAAUCUCAAGAAAAUAUGAUGAUGGAAGUAGCAGGGUGGGGAGCGCCUGACCAUAGGUCAAAUUCUGGUAUAAAACUUAAGACCGAGAUAUCAGUCACCAAACUCAAAGUUUGUAAGCACAUAUACCGCCCCUAUGGAGUAAGUAUAACAGAUGCACAAAUAUGCGCUAGAGCAGAAAAUAAUUGCAAAGGAGAUUCAGGUGGCGGUCUCAUGCGCAAAUUAUGGAGUAAAAAUAAGGAACGAAACUGGUACCUCUUCGGUGUCAACUCCUUCGGUCCAGACCCCUGCAGAAUUAUUUCUGGCGUACCCUCAAUUUACACGCGAGUAUCAUAUUUCCGGAAUUGGAUACUAUCGAAUAUUGAACCUUAG